AUGGAAUAUUUGCGUAGCCGUCUUUCUGGUGUUCGCUUCCGCCGUGCGCGGCUCCAUGACGCCGCAGCGCUGCGGCAGUGGAUGGAUUCCUUGCAACCAUGUGCGGACGGUGUUUUAUCCCUAGCCACCUCCAAGGAUAAGCCUGAAAGUGAGUCAGACGUCUUUGCGGGGCUCAUUCAGACGUCUUAUUUGUGCAUCACGGCGGUAGCGAGUGCGCAGGAGAGCCUGCUGGUGGGCUUCCUGGCGUUGGGUGCCGGGCCUCGGCCUGGCGUUUCAUCGAGCACGGAUACACUGCAGAAAUCCGCUGCCCCGGCUGGCUCUUUAUCGAAAGAGGAGGAGAAAUUAGUGGCCGCACUUGAUGAGCCCCAAUGGGAUGAUCUUCUGCGCGGUCUAGGCUACCUGGCCGCUGGUGAGGGCGCGGGCACGGGCAACUCCCUCGGGUACAUUCAGCCCUGCAACACGCUGUGGUUGAACAUGCUGGUAGCACCGCCUUCGACUUCUCAUUCACGGCGUAUUGCUCCUCCAUACACCAGUGAUAAGGAGAUGCAGUCGGGACGUACGGGUCUUGGCGAGCUGUACAAGCAUGAGGCCAAGACUUUCCGGAGUACAGUCAAGGAAAAUCGGGAAAAGGGGUGUGACGUUUCAAAGCUCGUGUACUCUUCGAUAGAACUUGCUCGGGAACUCCUGUGGGUGGCAUUGGGUACGAUGCAGGGGAUCGAGAACCUUCUGUGCCCCCUUCCACAGCAGUCUAUGCAGUUCAACAUGCAGGACAGCGACUUUCUUCCGCAGCUGCGCGGCUUGGGUACCCUCUUAUCCCCCACUCUCAAGUUUCCCAUUGGAACAGGCCCUCUGCCACUUGUCUUCGCGCAGCGACAGAAAAUUUUACACUUACGGCGACAAUGUGUCCUGCCACGUUUAACGAUUCGUCACGGCUGCCAAGAGGACUACGACGACUUUGUCCCACUUCUCCUCAACGGCGUCGGCGUGCGCAUUCGGUUGCCCGAAGAGUUUUAUCUGGAAGAGCUUCUCAAGAAUCAGGACGAAAUCCAUAAAGUGCUUGUUGCCGAAAACCCUUUGACCUAUGAAGUAGUCGGGCUUAUCUGUGCCCAUGUGAUCUCGCUCGCGGAGCAUCACGUGCUGUCGAAGUCUUAUCAGAUGGGGGCGUACGACAAAUUGUUCGAUAAAAACAUGAGCUCUGCUUCGUUGGCUGCGAGCGGGGGGCUGGGGGCCACGCAGAUGGUGCGAAUCGACUUUUUGUACUGGGACACCGACUACGAGGGGUCCUCAUGGGACUUGCUUUAUGGGCUGUUUAGCGCUUUCCCGACGUGUGCGGAUACCUUCAUCCUACUGCCGCACGCCACGCGAGAGUCGAGUCUGUUAAAGAGCUUUCACUACGUCCCUAUUCGUCCGUAUGAGCCGUUCGCGAGUCGGGAUGACAUCGCACCCAUGCCGGAUGGGCUAUGGAUCUGUUCCCGCGACAGCCUUUCUGCAACCCGAGUGAGGUUGGUGCGUACGGUGGAAGAUGUCUCUGAGGUAAAGAGCGAGCUGCUCCAAGCGCAAUCUUAUGAUAUGACCUACGAUGAGGCGAAGAGGCUUUCCGUAGAUCUACACCGUGCGGUGCGCGCGGAGUCGCCAAAUACGGAUGGACAACCAGAUACAUGCCUUACUGAUGGUGAAGACACUAGAAAGAAGAGCCUCGAUAAGGGGAGGACAAUCAUCUUCACUCUAUCACGAAUCGCUCUCGAGGGGCAAUCGGCGACACCUUCAGAGUUGGUGGGUAUGGCGUCUCUGUGCUCAAUUACGGUGAAAGGAUUGCAUGCUCUACGUGCUAACUAUGGCAUUGACAAUUACGUCUAUUUUUAUGCCCGACGCGGGCAAGACUACACUGCAACGGAUAUUUGUCCACCGAUACCCUCCACUUGCACGGAAAACCUCAACGUGGGUGAGGCUAAGGAUAUGUGUGUGACAGCCAUCUUGAUUCGUAGCAUGUACGUGAAGACUAUCUAUCAGGGUUGGAUUCGCCUUUUCGUUCGAGAGCUGCUGCGAUUGUGCAGAGCCGACAUCGCGGUGUUGUUCCCCGUGAGGGAGCAGGGCCAGUUGUUCCCCCCCCUCAUCAGGGAACUUCUCCCUUGCCAGCCUCGACGCGUGGUUGAGCAGACGGCUGUGGAGGACCUUACCGGCGCAGCGGCCGCGUCGGUGCUAGCGCUCGACCCGAGGGCCCUGGGAUCUCUUUUCGUCACGACGCCUCGCUACCUGGGGGAUGAAAAGGUGAGCUUGUAUGCGCGUAUCGUAGUGGUUGGAGGCAGCGCGACGGCUUUGAGCUUUUUCCAUCGGCUCCUGAGCGUCCCCUACGUGCGCUUUGUCAACCUUGUUCUGGUUUCCACAGACGGCUUCCCGCUCCACGCGAACCAAGCGCAGGCGGACCCCGCCGAGGUGCACGCCGACGGCUUUGGUAGCCAUCACCGAGGUGUGUGGCUGGUGGAUACCAUGGAACUGCUCGAGCGUGAGCACCACUUUCUCUCCGUGAGCCAGUCCAUUCGCGUCGUCUCCGGAAGGUUGGUGGACAUCGACAAGGCUAACCGCUGUGUGGCCAUCGACAACGCUGUUUUUGAACCCUACGACUACUUGAUCUUAGCGACCGGGCGGCAGUAUGUCGUGCCGCCGAGUAUUCACCAACUCCUCCAACAGGAGGGGCGCGGCGUCCCGGAGAAGUGGAUCAUUCCUCUUAACAACGACGCCGCAUUCCACCGCGCGCGCGAGUCGCUGGAUAUCCUCAGUAAGAACGUGAAUAGCAUGCCGAACGUGCUGGUGUACGGCUCGUCGCUAGACGCCUAUUCGGUGGUGACCGCUAUCAUCCAGCGUGAGGGCUUCUCGCCGCAGCGGGUGGUGGUCUGCAGCCGCGACUCCCGCACCCCGCAUCUCGACGAGGCCUCCUCGCAGGCGGCGCUCACCGUCCUGCGGUCGCUCGGCACGAACGUCUUCCGCGGCUUUGACCUCGGCCGCAUUGAGUUUAACGAGGACGGGGGCCUGACGUCAGUCGUGCUGGAGCCCGUUCUCGCCAUGGAGUCUACCCACGCUGUGGAGUCCGCCCACACCACGGCGUCGUCCGUGGAGCUCACCUGCGGUCUGAUCCUGUGCGUCGAGGAUCAGGAUAUCGACCCAAGGAUUCUUUGCGCGCUCAAUAAGCGCUCCAUUGUCCUUGACGGCCGCGUUAUCGUGGAUAAAAACUACCAGACUACCGACCCGCGCAUACUCGCGGCGGGACCGGUGGCGAUGUGGACCCGACGCUACGGCGUAACCCCCAAUUUCGAAGAUUUCAGCGCGCGUGACGUUGGCCACGACCUUGCCAGAAAGCUAUUGAUAAGACUCGGCUUCGCGGAAUUCUCAACCGCCCUUCUCUCAAAGCACGAUGGACAGGGCAAUGACGACCCUUCCGACGACAUCGCAAGCGCAGCCGCCGGGGAUGGAGUGCUUCCCACCUUUCAGCGCAGUGCCAGCGUCGAUAGCGAGGCAAUCAGAUGUUUUUUGAAGCGAGACGUCGAGCAGGGCGAGGCCGGGACGGGCAGCUAUUUCCACCAGCAGGAAAAGACGGGGCCGGAUCUCUCGGUGUUUUCGACGCCGCGCGUGUGCCGCGUCGUGUUCCCGUUCGGCUUCAAGUACUUCUCAGUCGAGUGCAUUUCCUUCGCGGAGGACGCGUGCGACGUGCUGAGCUGCUCGAACAUCUGCAACCUGUCAAAGAUGCAGGACCGCCUGCUGCUGGACAUGGAUAGCUCCACGUCUCUACACCCGAAUGCUGAGGAAUCCGACAGGAGUGGCUCUGAAAGGAUGAAUGAGGGCACCAUAAAUGCUGGGAUAUGCACCACUGUGGCACCCCCACGAUCCUCACAAAGCGUUUUAUCGAUUUAUGUCAACCGUGCGAACCACACGAUCGACGCGAUACGGUACUUUGGUGAUGAAUCCCCAGAAUUGUACAAUUAUAUGGCUUUGAUUGGCUACCCUGAGCUUUUGCUGAACCUUACCUUUCGUUACAAAGAGGCUGCUGAGCGCUCGCGUUUGACACAAGAAGCCCAUCUGCCACCAACAUGCUGCCUUACGGCCGGCGUCCUCAACCACCAACUUGAUCUUAUCAACUACCUGAGGCUGCCUUACUUUAGGACCAUAUUUUCCGAUCGCUUUGUUGCGUUCUUCGCGACAUUACGGCAGCGAAUGCGACAGCACGAGGAAUUUAUUCGUGUGGAGGAGCAGAUUCUCGCGAGGCGCAUGACAAAUGAGACGUUUGUGCCUUUGACCGAAGAAGAGGCGAAUACCCGCAUGAAGACACUAACGAAUUCCAAGUGUGCUUUUAGGCAGGAAAUCGAGUUGGCCUUGGUUCGCUUCUUACAUGAGAGUAAGGAGUUUAGACCCAAUAAUACGUACUUGCCCAAUGUCAAGCACUUAGUUGACAAAAAGAAGCCGAUUGUGUCGUUGAUGUAG